CUCCGAGUGACAGCAAAGUAGUACCUGUAGUAGUAAUAGAGUGUACCCUAAUGCUAUACAGUAGAUAACUAGAUUAGAUAUGAAAAUGAUUUAUCUGUAUUUUUGUUUAGCGCAAUAAGAGUCAUCAUUGUAAGGGGUGGUGUGGCAUUGAACCACCAGUAUAAAAACACCAGGCACCAACCGUAUCAUACUGAACACAUACGACACUUCAGGACAUAAGGCAGGAUGUUGGAGGAGCCUUUAUUACAGAACUGUAAAAAUCAUCUUACCGAGACUACACGCACUUGUCACUUCAACAAAAACAGUAAACUACGAGCGAGCAAUGGAGAGCCGACAACCAUCGUCAACACAAGCGGAAGUGGGUCUAACUAUGGGAGCACAGAAGACAGAGAGGCGGGGCGAGAGGCCAACACAACCCUCGUCCCCACCACCAAGACAUACCUCACCCGGUUCUGGAUACUCUUCAUCGUCUCCAGCUUAGGUGCGCUACACGCAGUACAGUGGAACACAUGGGGACCCAUCAGCGAGAGUAUGAAUAAAAGCUUCACGGGUUGGGGCCAGUCUACGGUGGCCAUAAUGGCCAACUGGGGCACCAUAAUGUUUGUGGUAUUUGUAUUCCCCAUGUGCUGGGCCAUACAGAGAUAUGGUCUUCGUGCUGGUGUGUUGAGCUGCACCGCGCUUGUUUUUAUCGGUAGUGCUCUUCGCUGCAUCACCCUCGACACCCCUACUUUUACCAUCAUGUGUCACCUGUGUGCCAUUCUGCUGGGAAUCUCCAGUACACUUAUCCUGUCAGCACCAAUACCUGUAGCAGCAGAAUGGUUUCCGCUGCAUGAAAGGACUACUGCAGGUGCGGUGAUGAUAGGAUUCUGUAUGAUGGGUUGUGUUGGCAGCUAUUUGGAGCCACUGCUGGUGCGUCAGCCUGGACCACACGUCUCCAACCACGACAUACAAGAAGAUGUCUUGCUUCUGUUAUAUAUAGGUAUGGGUGUGUCAGGAGUCCUCUUGCUGGCGGUAAUGGUGUACUUCCCCGCCAAGCCUCCCACCCCUCCCUCCGUCAGCAUUUCCACUGAACGACAUAAAUUCAUCCCUGGUGUUGUUUCUCUCUUCAAAAACAAACAGUUCACGGCGCUGACAAUCGCAUAUGGCUUCGCUAUCGGGCCUGCUGUAGGCUGGCUUACUGUGCUCGAUUUCUCGCUUCUGCCUCUUGGCUUCCACCAGAAAGACGCCAUGUGGAUCGGUGUGACUAGUGUGAUAGCGGCCAGUGUAUUACCUGUUAUCGUGGGGCGUAUCAAUGACCUGAUGCAUGGCCAUAUUAGGUUACUGCUCUGUGUCUUAUUGGCGGCCUCCGCUGGUUGUUACUACUGGUUCCAUCUCCUCUCCUAUGAAAUUUUACCUGUUACAACUUGGCAGGUGUAUAUGUCAGUGGUAGGGGGGAAUGCCUUCAACGCGGCUACCUUCCCGCUGUUCUUCGAGGUGGGGAUCGACUUGGCUUACCCCGUGCCAGAGAUCCUUAGUGCUGGCGUCAUGACAGCUGUGGACAACAUCGGCACUGUCAUGUUCCUCUUGGUCUUCUUCAUUCCUAAUGUUGGUUAUCUGUGGAUGACUUACACACUAGUAUUAUCCACAUUCCUCGCCAUCGUGCCGCUGUUGUUCAUCACGUUUGACGACACCAGACUGAUAAUAGACACACCUGGAGAAUCUUGAACGAGACUGUACAUACACACAAAACAAGAGAGAAGACAUGGGUUCAAGUGUACAAGUGUAGCAUA